CGAAGAUAAGCUCAUUAUCUUUCGUCAAAACAGAAUUUUAUAAACCGUGAAAAAGCGCAAUUGUAGUGGUCCUAAAACUGUCCACGAAAUUUAAAAAUUUUUGUAAUGUGUUUUUGACAUAUGUUGUACCCAAAGUCAUUUAAUAGAUCUUCUCUAUUAACUAACCUUGUGUUGUACCCAUGUUUCAUUCUGUUUGUACUGGGAAGCUGAUCAUACACUGAUAGCAAAAUUCAUAGAUAAGAAGAAUCGACAGUUAUUUAGUAGUAAAUUCGCAAGUACAGUGGAAGAAUUUCAAAAGAACUUGGUGCUAACAAUUCCCACAAGCUUUACCGAAGUUGGAAGCGAAUGAGUUUUACUGGUUGCAUAUCACAAGAAAAACUUCAAAAUAAACUUCCUUAGGUUUUAUUAAAACAAAAAUUUAUUUCUAGGAUGCCCAGUCACCACUAUAAGGAAAAAUGCACGAUUACUGCGUGCAUAUUCCACAUCGUGUUAUUGAUCUGCUCCAUUUGUUUAGUAGCCAUAGGUUGUACAAUUCUCAGCGAUGAAAGCAAAGGCAUUCCGAGAUUCACAAUGGUUUCAAUAGGUGCAUUCGCUAUAGCCAUUGGUGUUUUAAUAGGGAUCAUGAUUCUUUUCGGCGCUUGUGUAGAACUACCAAUUUACAUUUUUUUUCUUGUUAUGAUUUUCAUUCUACAAGUCGUCUUGGGUAGCCUAGCUCUGGCGGCUACUUCUAAAAGCGAUGGUGAGGUCUACACUGCUGUCAAAAAAGUGUUUGAUGAUUAUGUCCACAACCCGCAGAACGAACACAAGAAAACUGUUGUCGAUAUUGUUCAACAAGAUUUUAAAUGUUGCGGAGUUGAAGGCCCACAGUACUGGAAUUCUUCUGGUUUUAAGCAGUAUCCUGUUAGUUGCUACGACCAAAAUUCUUUUGACAACGAUUUGUACGAAGAGGGAUGCGUUUCUAGUUUUGAAGAAAGCAUUACACCGAAAUUUCAGGCAAUUGGUGGAAUAGCAAUUGCGUUUGCGCUAGUACAGGGUUUUGGUAUCGUUUAUUAUUGUAUCUUGGUCAACAGCAACUCCCAAGAAUUGCAAAGAUUACUUAUUGCUUAAUGUUAAACUGAAACAAAUUUUGUAUAUAUACCUACGACAUUAACUUUAGUACAUUACGUUAAAUAAUAUUAAUUAAUAAUAAUUAUACUUUUGAAGAAAAACACAUUAAGUCGGUUUAGAAGACAAAGAAAAGUUACCUAUUUGCUUAGCCUUAAAUUGUAAUAUAUUUUCAUACAUAAAUACACCUUAGAGUGGUUAAGUAUA